GACUCGAUCAGUGCCGCAGUCACCUUUGUCGAGGAAUGCUUUUCCCGAUUUCGUUCACUUGCGUAUCUCGAGGUGGAGACGGGGAAGCGAAGCUGGAACAAAUCUUGGUGGCAUCGUUCACCAGAGGGUCUUGUGAAAGCUAUAUCUUCUGAGGAAGGAUUGUCUGCACGAGAGUAUUUCGAGUGGGAAGGCAUCUGGGAGGAUGCGUAAUGUCACGACGGCGAAUUAACGAAUGAUACGACUCGAUGUCGGCUUAAUCACCAUAAUGUUUCUUCCUUUCUAUGCUAGAUCUAUUGUACCCACCUUUAAUUCCACUGGCACACCAGUCACAUGCCAUGCCACGACAUUGCGCUCCCACACCUUUCGUGGUAGAUAUGAACUCGAUCGAAUAACGCUCAUCCACCCCAACUUCUUACGAACCUCUUUGUCACCCUCCGAGGGCGUUCAUUUCGACCGACAGCAAUCAUGAAUUUAAUUCUCUGCAACCCUCCCUGGUGGCCCCUCCCUUCCACAGCGGUCUACGCCCUCGAACCGUCAUGCGCACCGUGGAAGGGGUGCGCGGCCUUCCGUCGGGUUAUCUGGGCGUGAGAUCAACAUCGACGGCAGGCACCUUGACCUCGCAUGAAGACUUAUCGAGGCGGAGACUGCGGUGGGAGAACGCUUUGGAGAGCAGGUUCUAGUGGCGAAACGAACCAGGAGGAAGACGCGAAGAACACCCAAGAGUACCUGUAGCCAUCCGUAUACGAUCAUCGCUCGCUCGGUGCUCCGGUUUCACCGCCGUUGGGUCUUCUCAGGCACCGGGGCCUCUUGUCGACAGCGCAUCUACGCUCCAGGCUGUUUUCUCCCAUAGAUCACGCGCGUCGCAUGAUGUAGAUACACACGUCGAGCGGACAGCGGGGGGUCCGUUUUCAUUAAACGUGAUCUCCUCCAUCCUCCUAUCGCGUCUAAAGGGCACCCGUGGCGGGCGUGCGGUGAAUGAAAUUUCGACAACCUUUGAUGCUCCACCGGCGCCGAAUGUGGGCUGCCUUCCAGAAAACGGCUGCUUAGGGUGUGAAGAUCACCCUGAUUCGUCGUACAGUGCUCGUGGCGCUGACUUGAGGACGAGUGCAUCCUUGAGUGCUGCUCGGUGGCGGAUUCUGUUCGGGUCCUGUCAGAACCUCCGACGCUUGCCUGUAAGGACGCAGAUCCACCUGUGCAGUGUCGGGUUGAUCGAGCGUGCUCGCUCGAUUCGCGCGAACGUCCACUGCAGCGGAACACUGCACGCACGGAUGGCAGGAGGGACCGGUGCACGCAAAUCGGCGAUGCGCACCAAGUGUCCCGCACGGAUGGCAGGAGGGGCCGGCGCACGCACAUCGGCGAGACACCCUGACCCGCGCCGUGCGCACCUAGGCGAGCUGCUCGAUACUCCGGAGCAUCCACGCCUUCUCCACCUCGUCCACCCACGCACAUCAAAGUCGAGCGCAGCGGGUGUUCCAGCACUCGCACGCGGAUGGCAGGAGGGGCUGCCACAAGCAAGGCCCAAGCAGGCGAUGUGCGUGCUCAAGAAGCUCCUCGCCACGAACACCGUGCCUAUGCACAGCCCACCGCAGAAGGCGGCUGCCCGCUACGACCCCGAGCCCGUGCUCGUCGACACUCUCGUUUCGCGGACGAUCCCCAUUCGCACGACGCACAUACCAGCACUAGCACAUAUCUGGGCACGCCAGCCGUCCGCUUCCCUCGCCGGCGAAGGACGACCGUUGGCAGCGCACGCACGCACUUAUAAUUAG